AUAUCCCAUGCGCGCCCAUUCCUUCUAACAACUUUUCCAAAAUUCAUUUACAACACUCCAAAACAAACGCUAUAUAAAAACCGGACUCACCCACAUAACUGAAUCAAUAUACCGAUCGAUCAUGGGCAGAAAUCUGAAGAACGCAGUGAUUUCAUUUCUAGUUCCAGUCCCUUCAAUUCUCUUCUACCUCUCCCUCCUUAACCACUACCACACAACCACCAUCACUACCAACUCUAAUACUGAAAUUUCUCCAUUGUGGACAUGGUGCUUUCACCACCCUCUUAUCUUAGCCAACAUCCUCUUCUUUUUCAAUGUCAAUGUCCUCUUCUGGCUCAUCAGUCACGUCUUAUCAAGCCACUGGAUGAUAGAUCUGUACUGGACGGUGAUCCCGGUUCUACUUGUUUACUACUAUCAAACCUACCCAUUUGCGGAAUAUGAUUUGUCGAGAUCGAGAAUUGUGAUUGCACUGACAUGGGUUUGGAGUUUGAGACUCACCCAUAACUAUUUUAGGCGGGAAAAUUGGCAAUGGGGUGCUAGAGAAGAUUGGAGAUUUAACGACAUGCGUGCCCAGUAUGGGAAGCAUUGGUGGUGGAUUUCUUUCUUCUCGGUUUACUUUUCCCAGCAGGUUUUUCUUAUAGGAAUAUGCAUGCCCUUUUAUAUUGUUCAUUUAGUUGAUAAGCCGUUGAAUAUCUGGGAUUUUGUCGCUGUUGCUGUGUGUUUGAGUGGUGUUGUAAUAGCAUACUUUGCUGAUACACAACUGCACGACUUCGUGACAACAAAUAACGAAUUAAAAGAACUUGGAAAGCCAGUAGUCCCAAAUCUUGAUAGUGGUUUAUGGUACUACUCGCGGCAUCCUAACUACUUUGGAGAGCAGUUGUGGUGGUGGGGAUUGGCUUUAUUUGCGUGGAAUCUUGGACAUGGAUGGGCCGUCAUUGGAGCUUUGAUUAAUAGUCUGUGCUUAGCAUAUGUUACUGUGCUUGUAGAGAGACGGAUGCUGAAACAAGAGUACAGAGCUGAAGCCUACCGCCAGUAUCAGAAGACAACCUCUGUAUGUAUCCCUUGGUUCAAGUCAUCCGCCUAUUCUCGUAAAGAUAAGAAAAAUUGAUGUGGAUGUGAUUUGCUUUCUGCUGUUAUUGCUUAACUGUAUUGUUAGUAGUGUGUUGUUCAUCAACAAUUGUUCAUGUAACUAGUUCUAGUUUGGAAAUUAUCUCACUGCUCUAUGAAAUUGUAUAAA